GACAGAGGGUUCCCGGAGCCAGGUCUCCAGUGGGACCAGGCGUCAGAGGCAGCAUCCCCACUGUGAAGUGGUCUGUCUGAGGCUUGUUGAGCCACAAUAGGCGGGAUUGGGGCCUCCCAGACUCCUCUCUGCUUACAGAGCUCAACUCAGCGUUACCCCCAUUUACCUUCCAGCCUCAGGUGCAGGCACCGGUCCGGUCCAGCAGCACAGGUAGCUGUGUCCAGAACAGUGAGUCGCUGUGGGUGACAGAAGGUGUGAUGGGGGAAAGAGUGUGACAGGUGCAGUGCCGUUGUGGACAGUCUGGGGGACUGCAAGGAUAUUGCCUAACAAGACCAGCAUCGAAUCAUUCACACUCCCUUUAUGGCCAACAUUUAUCCCUCCCCUUGUUGGUCACACCCGAGGUAAUGGACAAGAGACAUUGUGGCCUUUGGCCUAAUGUGAGGCCCAGGUUAAGGAUAUGGACUUUGAGGACGUGGCCAUUGCCUUCUCUCAGGAGGAGUGGGGGCUCCUUGAUGAGGCUCAGAGGCUUCUGUAUUGUAAUGUGAUGCUGGAAGUUUUUGCACUUGUAUCAUCUGUAGGAUAUGAACUUUGAGGACGUGGCCAUUGCCUUCUCUCAGGAGGAGUGGGGGCUCCUUGAUGAAGCUCAGAGACUUCUGUACUGCGAUGUGAUGCUGGAAGUGUUUGCACUUGCAUCAUCUGUAGAUUGUUGGCAUAAAAUGGAUAAUGAGGAGGCCUGUUCUGAGCAGAGUGAAUCUGUACAAGGAGAGUCACAGGUCAGGACUUCUGCGUCAGAGCCAGCAACCCAGAGGACCCAUGUGUGUAAGCGCUGUGUCUCUGUGUUAAAAGAUAUUCUGCACCUGACUGAGUCACAAGCAGCAGACUUUGAGCAGAAGGCCUUCUUCAGGGACGCAUGUGUGAGAGACUUCUGUUUCAGUGCGAACCCUCACCAACCACAGAGGGAAGCCAGUGGAGAGAAGACCUGGAAAGAAGCUAUGGACAGGGCCUCGUUUGUGACCAGGUGCAGCUUCUACUUAUCUUGGGUGCUUUCAACCAGUAGGGAGGUUGGGGAAGACUUGCCCACGAUCUCGGACCUUCUCCAGCACCAGGCCCCUCUCAACACUGGAGAGCCACACAGUGGCAGUGAGAUUUCACAGGAAUUUCUCAGUGGAAAUAGUCAUUAUGAUUGGGGUGAAUGUGACAAAGCUGCCAGCCACAACCAGAAAGUUGUUCAGCAUCAGGGUAACUGCUCUGAAGAAGUAAAUUAUGUGUGUAGCGAAUGUGGGAAUGUGUUUAGAGGAAUUUUUAACCUUACGCAACAUAAGAGAGUUCACACUGGAGAAAAGCCCUAUGAGUGUAGUGAAAGUGGGAAGUCAUUCAGGCAAACCUCUGCUGUCAUUGAACAUCAGAGGGUUCACACUGGAGAAAAAACCUAUGAGUGUACUGUUUGUGGGAGGGCCUUCCGAAAAAGAUCUCACCUCAUUAAACACCUCAGAAUUCACACUGGAGAAAAGCCCUAUGAGUGUAGUGAUUGCGGGAAAUGCUUCAGGGAAAGUAGUACUCUCAUUCAACACCAGAGAGUUCACACUGGAGAAAAGCCGUAUGAAUGUACUCUUUGUGGAAAGUCCUUUAUACAAAGGUCUAUCCUCACUAAACACUACAGAAUUCACACUGGAGAAAAGCCAUAUGAGUGCAGUGAUUGUGGCAAGUCAUUCAAGCAAAUCUCGGCUCUCAGUGUGCAUCAGAGAGUUCACACUGGAGAAAAGCCAUAUGAGUGUAGUGAUUGUGGAAAGUUCUUCAACGUGAGCUCUGCUCUCAAUACACACCACAGAGUUCACACUGGAGAAAAGCCAUAUGAGUGUAGUGAAUGUGGAAAGUUCUUCACUGAAAGCACUGCUCUCAGUAAACACCACAGAGUUCACACUGGAGAAAAGCCACAUAAGUGUAGAGAUUGUGGGAAGUCAUUCAGGCGAAUCUCUAUUCUCACAGAGCACCGGAGGAGUUCACACUGGAGAAAAGCCAUAUGUGUGUAGUGACUGUGGGAAGUCCUUCAGACAAAGUUCUACCUUGACACGGCACCGGAGAGUUCAUACUGGAGAAAAACCUUAUGAGUGUAGUGCAUGUGGGAAGUCUU